UCGUUCCCAGUGGUGUUCAUCAUGGUGUACGUGCUCCUAAUGGUCGUCGUCGCGUUUCCCAUGGUGCACCUCGAAGUCUUCCUGGGUCAAUUCAGCAGCCUCACAGUCCCGAGAGCCUUCGCCGGAUUCCCCAUGGCUAAAGGUAUCGGCUGGACCAUGCUGUACGUCAACUUAGCCUCGUGCUUGAACUGCGUAGCGAACGUUGUCCACUGCGCUUUCUACCUUUUCUAUUCUUUCUCCUCGACGCUUCCGUGGAACGCUUGUAAGAACAGCUGGAACGACGCCAGCUGCUACGAAAAAGACUACAGGAAUGUGCCCUGCUUCCGCGUCAAUGUCACCUUGGCGCGCAAGUACUCCUCCCACAACUACACCGGCGAGGACGCCCUGGCGAUCCACUCGGCCUCCGCUGGCGGUGGCACCGUAAUCGUUCCUGGCGCCGAGUACGAGACCAUGCAAAGCGCAUGCGUCAACGGCACGCAAACCUCCACCGAGCAGUUCUUGCUAAAGAAAGUGUUGCGCCUCAGCUCCGGCAUCGAAGAGAUGGGCGACUUGCAUCCAGACAUGCUGCUGAUCAUCAGCCUGUGCUGCCUUGCCGAGUUUCUCAGCAUCUUGAAAGGCGUUCGAAGCUACGCAAAGGUGCGCCUUUGACGAUACGUGACGAACGGAU